CAUGGCGCCGAGCCGGGCGGCCGCCGCCGCGCUGCGCCGCUGCCUCCUCCUCCUGCCGCCGCUGCUGAUGGCGGUGGCCGGCGCGGGGCUGAGCGGCUACUUCGGCACCAAGUCCCGCUACGAGGAGGUGAACCCGCACCUGCUGCGGGACCCGCUGUCGCUGGGUCCCUCGGCCGCCUCGUCGCGCCUGCCCGCCGCCUGCACGCCGCUGCAGCUCCGCGCCGUGCUCCGGCACGGCACUCGCUACCCUACGGCCGGCCAGGUUCGGCGGCUGGCCGAGCUGCACUCUCGCCUGCUCCGCCGCCGCGCCGCCGCCUCCUCUUCGUCGUCCUCCUCCUCCUCUUCUUCCUCCUCCUCCUCCGCAGAAGCCUCCUGCCCCGUUGCCGCCGAGCUGGCCGCCUGGCAGAUGUGGUACGAGGAGAGCCUCGACGGGCGGCUGGCGCCGCAGGGCCGGCGCGACAUGGAGUUCCUGGCCCGGCGCUUGGCCGCUCGCUUCCCUGCCCUCUUCGCCGCCCGCCGCCGUCUGGAGCUGGCCAGCAGCUCCAAGCACCGCUGCCUGCAGAGCAGUGCCGCCUUCCGCCAGGGGCUCGGCCCUUCCCUCAACCUCGGCAGCGACGAGGCGGAGGUGGAAGUUAACGACCUACUGAUGCGGUUUUUCGACCACUGCGACAAGUUCGUGGCCUGGGUGGAAGAGAACGACGCGGCCGUGCGCCAGGUGGAUGCCUUCAAACAGGGGCCGGAGAUGAGGAAGGUCCUGGAGAACGUGGCCAGGGCCUUGUGUUUGCCGGCGGAGGAGCUGAACGCAGAUCUUGUCCAAGUGGCUUUUCUUACCUGCUCCUAUGAGCUGACUAUAAAAAACGUGACCUCCCCAUGGUGUUCUCUCUUCACUGAAGAAGAUGCCAAGGUGCUGGAGUACCUGAAUGACCUGAAGCAGUACUGGAAGAGAGGAUAUGGCUACGACAUCAACAGUCGCUCCAGCUGCAACCUGUUCCAAGAUAUCUUCCAGCACCUGGACAAAGCAGUGGAAGAGAGCAAAAGUUCCAAGCCCAUCUCUUCACCUCUGAUCGUGCAAGUUGGGCAUGCAGAGACCCUCCAGCCCCUGCUGGCCCUGCUGGGGUUCUUCAGAGACGCAGAGCCCCUGCAGGCCGACAACUACCGGAGGCAGCUGCGGCGGCAGUUCCGCAGCGGCCGCAUCGUGCCCUACGCUGCCAACCUGCUCUUCGUGCUCUACCACUGCGAGCAGGGCAAGACCCCCCAGGAGGAGUACCGAGUGCAGAUGCUGCUGAAUGAGAAGCUGAUGGUGUUCCACCACUCCAAUGAAACCAUCUCCACUUACUCUGCCCUCAAGGAGUAUUACAAGGACCUCUUGGAAAACUGCCACUUCCAAGAGGAGUGUGAGCUCCCCACAACGAACGCCACUGCUGUGGAUGAGCUGUGAGGGGCUGCUCUGCUGGACACGGGCUGUCCACAAGCACUUGGGGUGAUUUGCUGCUGCUCUGGUGGCUUUCUGACCUUGGAGGGGGGUGGGCUGGGUUGUCUCUGUUAGCUCAGAGGGGUCUGGCUGGGUGUUUGCAGCAAGCACCCAGUGCAGGAGGAAGCCUACCUGUAUCUUUGUGGUACAACCAAGUCCUUUUGUUGGCCAUUCCUCUUGGAUGGGUUUGAGAGCUGAGCCAGCUUCUCUUUUCUCAGAGCCUGGAGGUGCUUGGACCUCUUCUGUGUUGCCUUCUUUGUUUAGCUUCUCUUUUCCUACAGCAAGCAUGAAAUAAUUCAACCCUGUGAGCUUCUAGGAGGGAGGGGAUGUGUCGCCAUCCUGCCCAGCUUCUGCCUGGCCAGCACCAUGGGAGCACCCUCUGCCGUGGCAUUUAAAGCAGGAGGAGCUGCAGUGUUCCUGCAGGGAUUGUCUCCCUCAGAAGGGGCCAGGACUUAAAGUCAUCAUGUAGCAAGGUAGCCUGCAGGGGAAGUUACAUAGCUGUGAAAAGUAGUAAAGAAAAAAGUGAGGAAGUGGAAAGCAACCACUGCUCUUCUGAGGUGCUCUAGGAGACGCUCCAGGGGCUCUCACAAGCAGGCUGCUGUGUCCUUUCACUUGGCACCAUCAGUUCUAGCUGGGAAAGGCUUAGGCUAGGGCAUCCAGGUUAGGCUCUGCUACAGCUAUAGACAUCUUAGUCCCCUUCAGGAGGGCAGCUGGAAGGGACCUCUCCAGCUUCCUGCUUGAAAGGAGGUUGUGGCUAACCCUAAAUCUAGGCAGAUUUGGGACUGUGAAAAGAAUGUCUGAAGCUUGAGUUCUGCUUUCCUUAAGGCAGUGAACAUGGUGUCACUUUGGCCUUCUGUGUUUGUGCCACCUUGUUCAGAGGGUCAUGGAAUGGGUUGGGUUGGAAGGGACCUUCAAGAGCAUCCAGUUCCAACCCCCUGCCAUGGGCAGGGACACCUCCCACCAGCCCAGCUUGCUCAAGGCCUCGUCCAGCCUGGCCUGCAACACCUCCAGGCAGGAGGCAGCCACAGCCUCCCUGGGCAGCCUGUGCCAGAGUCUCACCACCCUCACACUCACUCAAGAAUUUCUUCCUCAUCUCCAGUCUCAAUCUGCCCUCCUCAACUCCAGUCCAUUCCCUCUCAUAAAGAAAUGAGCUGCAUCCAGGCAGCUGCACUUGGAGUGAACCCAGUGGCUGCUGCAGGUGGGGAGGUAUCCUAGAGCUGUGCAGUGUGGCAGGAAAAGGAAAAAUGAAUUACCCAGAAAUGUC